GUGUGCACAGGACAUCGGCGCCGUGGGCAGACGAGGUCGGCCGGGCGUGGUGCUGGCCACCCAACCCACAUCAGAAUCUUUAUUCACACUGGAGGAGGAAUCUUAUGAGCAAUAAAGCUCUUUCCCCCCCAAAGCUGCCCAACAAACGAAACACGAUCGGAGGGUUGCCGGCCUUCGCAAGGUGCUACUCGCUCCUCGACGGCACUUGCCCCUCCCCCCCAACCUGCCGAAGGCUGCACGGGGGAUCUUUGUCUUUUGUGCGAGCGCGCGAUUAGAGGGGGGCGACCUUUGGAGCCCGUGAGCGUCGCGGUCGAGAAGUUUCCAUCGGUUCGAACGCGCGAGCGGUCGUGCGAGGUUUUGAGUGGAUUAAAACAAAAUUGAAAAAACCCGUCGCUUUUCACGAUGCCAUACGAAAGAUGAAGAAGAAUAAGAAUUGGUUAGCGUAAAAAAAACUUUUUUUUUAAUGCGGUAAAACAAAACAAAAAAAAUACGAAUUAAUAAAUCCGUUAGUGUUUUUGUUGGGCGUUUGAAGGUGACGAGAAGGAAGGGGGUGGGUGGGGAAGGGUCGCGAACGGCGGGGAGGCGACUUGAUCCGUCGUUCUACCACCACCACCACCACCACCCCACGGACAAGAGACUCCACAACCGGCACAACUCAGCGCUGCCAUCCGUUCUCGUGGUGGUGGUGGCGGUGGUGUCGCUUGUCUUUGUUGUUGGUGGUGGUGAUUGGUUGGGUAGUGGUGGUUGGUUGAUGGUUGGGUUGUGGUGGGAGUUGGGUGGGUGGAGGUAAGAGUUUGUGGUUGGGUGGUGGCUGGGUGGUGGUGUGACUUGGUGGUUGGGUGGUGGUGGGAGUUGGUUGUGUGGUGGUUGGUUGAUGGUUGGGUUGUGGUGGGAGUUGGUUGGUUGGUGGUGAGACUUGGUGGUUGAGUAGUGGUGAAAGUUGGUGGUUGGGUGGUGGUUGGUUGGUGGCUGGUGGUGGCAGAGGUCACGAUGGCCGUGCGAUUCCACAACGCGGCCCGCGAUGGCUUCCUGGAGCCGCUGAAGGAGGCGACCCGCCGUGACCUCAACACUCCGGACGCAGAGGGCCUCAGCCCGACCCUCAUGGCAGCCUCGCGGGGACACCUCGAGGCCCUGCGUCUGUGCGUCAGCCGUGGCGGAGACCCCGAGCGCACGGACCUGUGGGGCAACUCGGCGCUGCACCUGGCGGCGGGCGCGGGCCACCUGGAGUGCGUGGCCUUCCUGGCCGACAUGGACGCAGGCCUCUGGGCCCUGGACAACAACUUCCACUCGGCGCUGGAGCUGGCGGCGCUGCGCGCCAACUCGGACUGCGUGGCGUUGCUCGACGCCGCCAUCGCCGACAAGGGGCGCAAGGACCCGCGCGGAGUCACGCGCGCCAAGGAGAAGGCGCGGCGGGAAGCGGAGAAGCGCGUCGGCGAGACCACGAAGCUGCAGGAGAAGCACCAGAAGCGCAUGGAGCGAACCGCGGCGGCGUCGGGGACCCAGGGCCGGGCGGCCGCGCCGGCCGUCGGCUCGCGCCGGGGCUUCGGCACCUUCGGCACCUUCGCGCGCAUCCAGGCGAAGCUCAAGAUCGGCACGGUGUCGCGCGCCGGCGGGCAGAAGGAAGCCGGCGGCGACGGCGAGAUGGACGAGGAGCCGGGGAAGAGCGGAGGCGGAUGGGAGAAGGCGGCGGGAGGAUCGUUGCCCGAGGAGCCGCACUCGGAAGAAGACGCGAGCGAGGAGUCGGUGUUUAACCGCCCGGGGCUCGGCAACAUGGUGUUCCGUCGCAACUUCCUGAGCGGCGGAGCGUACAACGUGGACUCGGAGAGCGUGAGGGGCCAGCGCAACGCGGUCCCGGCCUCCUCCUCCUCCUCCGCCGCGGAUGGAGCCGGCUCCGCGGAGCGGCCCGGCGCUCUGCCGGCACACCGGGAAGGCGGCGGCUCGUCCGCGCUGGCGCUGCAAGCCAUGUGGGACAUGCUGGACGAGGAGGGCGAGCCGGCUUCGGGCGACGGCGAAGAGAUGCCUUGGGAGGACGCGGAACUGGGCCUGGACGACAACGGCGGUGGCGGCGGCGGCGGCGACGACGACGACGACUGCGGCCCUCUGGACGCCUUCCUGGCGUCGGCCGGCGCGGAGGAGUUUUCGCCAGCAUGCCGCCGCGAGCGCCUCGACCUCGAGGCGAUGCUCCUCUGCUCCGAGGGCGACCUCGCCAGCCUGGGCAUGCCCCUCGGGCCCCGCAAGCGCGUCAUGGCGGCCGUCGACAAGCGCAGGAGGGCUCUGGCCGCGCCGGCGGGCGUCGCUCGCGACACCAAGCUGUGACGGAGAGAGAGAGAGAGGAGCGGACAGAGAGGAGAGAGAAGAGCGGACAGAGAGGAAAGAGAGGGACCAACGUGGACGCUCGUGCCCGGCGGCCGCCACCGCUGCGACUGCGCCGUUGGCGUCACCGUGGUCGUGCCGACCCCGCCGCCCGCCAGCGGCCGCGUUGGGUUUGCCGUCGUCCGGCCAGCGUGGCGAACAACAACGCGUGCCGAUGCCGCGGCGGCCGUGUCGCCGUCGACAUCGUCGUCAUGAGCACUCCGUCGUGUUUCCGGGUUGCACCGAUUUUCGGCGCGACGUCCGACAUUUCACUCCACGUGCCAACGGUAGAUUCUUCUUCGAAAGCCCCUGGCGCAGAGGGAAGAGGCGAGGGGCCUCCACCAGUGUGAGCUCUGGAGAGCCCCUCUACAGGGUGUUUGGCCUACUCUUCCUCACUUGGUCACGUGUCUCGUUGAACGCGGGAGUUGCCCACGUGUUGCCACGCCACAGGCAACGCGACGAUCCACUUCUUCGUCUUCGGUCGUACGGCCGAUGGAGACGCAGAGACGACAACUUACAAUUUCACAUUUGGGUGGCCAAGUCAGCGCGACCACGAGCAGCGGAGUGGUCGUGAUGUGAGUGUGUACCGCCCCUGCGACGUUUUCUUUGUAUUUGUGGACCGGGGUUGAUUGCGCGCGUUAUACGUUGUUGUUGUUACGGUCUCCGUUCUGGACGACCACAGUCACCACGCACCGCUACUGGAGAGUUUCUUUUUUGACAUUUUUCAUUUGCGCAUCAGGCAUCGUCCGCAUCUCCUGCCAUGCUUUGUGCAGUGGGUGCGGUUUAGGGUGGACCCAUGAGCUCUAGAUUUGAAGCUUUCGUGACUGCAAGGAUUCAUACUCUGGUUUUUUCGGUAAAGUCACGUAGGUAGAAAAAUAAAAUAAAUGAAAAUUAAAUUAAAUCACGACGUUUCGGAGGCAACACAAGCUUCCGUCUUCAGGUGGAACCGUUACAGCCAAAAUCACUUACCACAGUGAAAAGUCGUGAUUUUAUUUAGUUGUUUUCAUUUAUUUUAUUUUUUACCUACGUGACUUUACCGAAAAAAACAAAAAGUAUGGACCCAUGAGCUUGGUCGCAAGAUCGAACCCAAGGGAUCUUCUGUUUUGGGUCUUUCACAAAGCAGGAGAUGCCUGGGGUUUGAUCUGCCACGAAGCGCACGGUCCACCCCAUAAACCGCAUCCACUGCACACACCAUGGCAGUCGAAGCGGCUGAUACCCGAUGGGUUAAUGGUUGUGAAUGAGCAAGCUCGAGUUAGACAUUAUUAGCAAGACCGCUGUGCUGUUGCCAAGUAACAAAUAUACCCCCCCCCCCCCAGCCGAUCAGUGCGGCUAAGAUGUUCGCAGAGCGGAUGCGGACCUGCGGCCGUCUGGAAUGCUCUUUCCUUCCGAUGUUAGGAAGCCACUGCA